AUGGAAUCCGAAAAAUAUCCUGUCAUCCGUCUCAUAAUUGACCCUAAAAUAGAAGAAAUGCUUCCCAAUAACACCAAAACUAAUAAAGGACCUUCACCGUUCCCCCAGAGAUCCUUUAUGAAAAAUUGUUUCAUCUGCGAGAAAUCACAAAUUGAGAAUUCUGGGCAAGGACAGGAGUUAGAGAAAGAACGGGCCGAGCUGUUAAAAUUGUUGGUGGUAAAUUCAGAGAUGCGACUAAUGGAAGUUCAUCCCUUGACUUUCGACGCCCAGAGUGACACGACCUGUACAAAUUGCCACACAGCGAUGGAUGCAGUUUGGCAGCUGCAUAAGCAAAUGGAGGCCGUGAUUCGGGAAAUUGACGGUAUCGUUAGAAAAGUUAGAAAUACGAUGGAACAACGCGAAAUUGUCGAAGGGGAUGGUCAAAUAGUGGACGUGUCGUCGUCUUUUGGAUAUUUUAAGAAAUUAGAGGUGAAUUUGGUUGAUGACCUAAACUGUGAGACAACUGCAUCCGCCGACCAGAUUUGUACCAAUAGGGAUAAAGGCGUUUCUGGAAAAUCGACCAACACUGAGAAAAUGGAUGAGGAAGUUGAUCCGAUUCCCAAACUUGCCAGGCGGAGCGUUCGUUGCGAAAAUCAAGCCCCUAAAAAACCUUGUGAUGAACCACGGCAGAAAAAAUCAAACCACAAGUUGCCAAUCCCGCUGCCAACAGUUGUAUGCGCUUCGAAGGUCAAAAGGAACGAACACCCUAAAAAGAUGCGUCGUCAGUGUGCGGGUUGCAAUAACUUGUUCAAAUCACCAGGGCAUCUCGAACGCCAUAUUCGUUUGCGUAUCUGCGAAAAUAAGAAAUACCGGAGGAGGGAGAGACGAUCAAAGGCGAAGAAGGGGGCAUCAGAAUAUAAGAUUGAAUUAGGGCUUACCAUUACCCUGAAGGACUAUCCCUUUAAAUGCAUAAAUUCCCUCUGUGGACAAUCUUUUAAGAAAAACGAGCAUUUAGCGGACCACCUAAUUCAGUGUGAAAAACGGGCAUGUCUUGGCUGCCACGUGUCCAUCCCUCGUGCUGAGUUCGAGCGUCACCUGGGUUCCUGUGUGAAAGCCAAGUUAUUACAGACAGCAAUGGAGGCAUAAAUAAUUGGGGCUUUGAUCGUCGCCAACUGUCCAUUAUUCAGAAUUAUUCAGAUUCUCAAAAAAAUAUUUGAGAACUGGAUAGCGUACUCAGGAGUGAAUGGAUUUGAGAUUAUUUAAAAUGUUGUGUCCAGCAGUAAGAUCGCCUAAUUUAAA